CCUGUGCUAUUGGUCGAGUUCAAAAUGGCUCAAGCUGCGUCUAAAACAUGCGAAGUUUGCAUGAGUGCCCCUGGAUCUUACUAUUGCAUAGACUGUGAGGAAUAUUAUUGUGAAAGUUGUAAGUUGUUACAUAAUAGGCAAAAGUUAUCGAGAAAUCAUCAGUUUCAAAAAGCUUCCGACCUGAUACCGGAAGGUAAAUCUAAAUGUAGUGAGCACAAAGAAGAAUUAACGUUGUUGUGUAAUACAUGCAAUGUACCGGUAUGUACCAGUUGUGUAACAGGAAAUCACAAUGGACAUAAGUUUUCGAAAUUUGUUGAUGCAAUCGCUCAAUUACAAGGGGAUAAUGAAACCAAAAUUCGUGCCAAGACAAGUGAGACAAAUCAAAAUAUAAAAAAAAUUGAGGAUAGCUUGAAGUCGUUCGAUAAUGCCGUUGAUUCUGUUAUACAAGCCAUCACCGAUGAAAGCAAUAAGAUUAAAAGCUUGGUUGAUAAAUCCGUAGCUCAGAUGAUUGUUUUGGUGAAAACAAAAUCCAAGAAAGAGAGAGACAAGCUGAUGAAUAAGUUGUCUGAUGCUAAAUCCGUACUUGCUGCUGGACAGACCUUAGACAGAAGGAGACAGGAACUAGAUAAGACCCGACAGGAUGGGAGUUUGGUACAACAGAUUAAUAAUCUGAAAAAAGAGAUCUACAAACUACACAUAAACUCUCUUCCCGAGUUUCCCAUUAUAUCUUUCCAACAGAAAUCGGUAACGGAAGAUGACAUAAAACAACUUAUAGGUACCUAUACUAUCAGUAAGGGUUCAUCAAAAGAAGAAAAACAGAAACAAGAACAUGGAGACAUAUACAGAUGUUCUUAUUGUGGACCAGAUGUCCUCUCAAAAACGGCUAUGACUGCAUCAGGUGCAGAGGGAAUGAGAAAGGCAGACGCAGCUACACAACUUUCGGGAAAUUCCAAUAUAGAAAGCAAACAAACUGACGAAGGUAUUUCAACAGCGUAA